AUGGCGGCAGCCUGUGGCUGUCAGAGCGCUGCGCCCUACGGUGCCGCCCUUGCAGCCUUGAGCAACCAAUUAGAUGCGACCCUCGUGCAGCUUCCCCUGGAACUUGAGCAGCUGGAAGGGAAGCGGGUGGCCUUGAACGCCCGAGUGGAGGAGGGCUGGUUUUCCCUCUCCAAGACUCGCUAUGCUAUGGGUGCCAAGGCUGUCAGCCCCCUUCAGUAUAGCUCCUCUAUGGCUCCCUUCUUCCGGGUCUGCACGAGUGAGCCCGAGCCUGGUCAGCCUGAGUUCGAGGUGAUUUUCACUGGAACUGGAUCCCCGAAGGACGGGAGACCCCAGGAGUCCCAAGGUGUGAGUGAUUAUGGGGAGCCAGCGUACGAAUCUCAGUCUCCGGUGCUUCGCAGGCGGCCGCAGCCUCAGGGGUCUCGUUUGCAGCCCACCCCACCCACACCUGCCGCUGCGACGUCUCCGGAGCGGGAUCCCCUCACCUGGUUUGGGAUCCUGGUGCCCCAGAGUCUGCGGCAGGCCCAGGGAAGUUUCCGGGCAGCUCUGCUGGUGGCUGGGGAGAUUGCCGCGCUCCAGAGCCGAAUCGAGUGGGGAAGAGCCCAGAUUCAAGCCCUACUACAGGAAAAACAGAAACUGCUUGAUCAGCUGAAGGUGGCAUGAACACAUUCUCUAAAAUUUAGAAUCCUAAUAAAUAAUUUUGUCUUUUAUUUUAUGACUAUCAAAAAAAGGAAAAAAUAAAACUUAUUUUUUUUUCCUUUACUGGAGAAAAUGACACAUUUCCUCUGCUUUCCAAAGUUCCCGCAGUCACAUUAAAGAAUCAAACAUAAAAAACGUGAAAUAUAUUUUUCCAUAAGAUUCAGAUGCAUCGGGAAGUAUGCUAAUGUGUACCCUUAGCAGAGUCGUAGCAUCAUUGUCUUAACCUAAAAUAGGUUAUUUGAAAACUCUGGUAAUGCUUAAUUUAUAAAUAUUCUAUGUCUGAAUGUAAAUAGGUGGGGGCAGGGAAGAACUGAGGUCAGAAGGAAAUUAAACAUGCACAAGAAAAAUCCCGUAUUACAUAUCCAUCAGCAUGGAUAAAAUGGAGCCUUUUUAUGGUUAUUAAUGCUUAGAAGUUGAAAGUUUGAAAGUACCAGUCAGGUUUCCAGGGUAAGCUAGUGGUACAAGAGCCACAAAGUGCCUACCAAGAAACCAGAGUUCUUUGAAUCUAAUAAUGGUUGAUAAAAAGAUAAGAAAAUGUAUCUCUGCCUAAUUUGAAGCGUGAGGGGGGGCAGGGAUCUAUGAGUAUGGAUAUACCCUGACAUACCCUGUCAGAUUGAGUUCCUGUGUUGUUUGUAUUUCUGCUGAACUACUUAUUUUCAUCUUUCAUUUUUGCUGUUACAAAGGGUGGUUAGCUUGGGGAGGGGGGA